AUGACGACGGCGUGGCGGGCGUGCCUGGAAGGCGUGGCCCCGCGGGCGCCAGGUUGCCACGGCGACCGCGUUGGGGCUACCCGCAGGAGAGAGCGAGGCGGCGGCGGCGGCGCCAUGGGCCCCAAGCGGCCCAAGACCGGCGGCGGCGGCGGCUCUGCUGCAGGGCCCGCGGGCAGCGGCUGGGAGACCGCGCUCGUGUCCGCCCGCCUCGAAGAGGUGAAGGCGGCAGCGGGACUGCCGGGAGGCAGCGAGCGUGUGGGCCGGGCCGCGGGCCGCAGUGCAGGGCGGGGGGAAGGGGCCGCACACAGAAAUAAACCUCCCGCUCAGGAUGUGUGGAAACCUAGCAUUGCUUUUGUUGUUGGGAGCAAAAUUGAAGAUGAAAUACACAUAAAGGCCCUGUCUCUUGCUGUGCAGGUGCCACAGCGGAAGCUCUUCAGUGUGAUAAGACAGGAAGACAUUAUCAAACAGAUCAUGGAAGCUGGAAAUCAAAAGGGAAAAAAAGUUAAGGAUGUACCCAUGUACCAUGAGGUGACUGAAGUAGCUAAAGCUGUUAUGGAAAGUGGAGAACAAAUUCCUAUAACACUAAUCGGAAAGCUACUGAAAUUUCAGCUGCUUUGCUUCAAGCAGAAGGACCUUCAGAGAAGAGAAGCUGAAAAGAAGGCAGAAGAAGAACGAAAAAUGGAAAAAGACAAAGUGAAAGAGAAAACUAAAACUCCUGGCAAAAAGGAAAAAAAAGCCAAUGCAAAGCUAGCUGAGAAAGAAAUGAAAGGAAAAAAAAUUGAAGUGGCCCCUCAAGCAGCAAUUACUGUCAAAAAGGACACUAAAUUAAAAAGACGCGGAGAAGAGGAACAGGAAGUCAAAUAUAUUGAUGAUGAACCAGAUGAUGGUGCCCAUCACUACUUCAUAAUUUUGGAUUUCCACAACCCUCAGUUAUUGCCAGUGCUAUCUGAGCUUGGGGUCAAUGUUUCAAGUGUGAUUAGGAUUUCUUCUGAGAAUUAUGAACCGCUGCAGACAUACUUGGAAGAGGCUAAACUUCAAGAAGAAUCUUUACUUUCACCUGAAGUUGUAGAAACAGAGAAAAGAAAGAGGGAUGAAGCUAUCAAAGACCUGGAAACGUUUUGGAAAUACUUGGAGCCAAUUCUAAACAGUGGAAAGCAUGGAUCAAGUCUCUUUGAUGUUGCCAGACUUCAUCACCUAGUUAAGGAGAGCUCCUUUCCCACUGUUUGGUCUGACAGUGAAAUGCUGCUUGCAUUUGGCACUACCCUGUUUGAAAGCAUUGCUUGUUUAAUGUACGAUUGCCUGGACUGGAAAAGACAGCAUUGUAACUACUUGGAAAACACCAAGUUGAUUAAUGUGCCUACAUUAUCAAAGAGCAAAUUGACACAAUCCUCUGUAACAGAGAUACACACAGCAUCACCAACUACAUCUUCAAAGAAAAAAGGACAAGCAGAAGAAGUUCUAUCGAAAGUAGUUUUGCCACAGGAGGAAGAAACUUCUUUUCUGUCUGUCGACUUGAGGUAUUAUAAUGACUUGCUGAGUCAGGUUCCUGAGGAAUGCAUUUCCGUGUCUUUAAUCCUGAACUGCAUGUUGGAGCAGGUUAUUGCAAGUGAGGAAGACCUUACACCACCAAGCCUGAUGGUACCAGAGCCACGGGCAGAUGGACUGGAUCACACCAUUGCAGAUCACAUAACCUCUAUCCUUCCUUCUCUCCCACUUUCUGACAGUGAAAGAAAGAAUCUCUAUGACUACUUUUCUUCCAAAUACAAUGAAAAAGAGGCUGUGACCCCCAGGGGCCCUCUCUUACUAAACUACCAUGAUACUCUGGCUCAGCGAUUGCAACUACUGGAGAUCCAAGACAACUUUAAUCCAGAACACAUUGAGCGUGAAAUGUUGAACAAGCUACCUCUUACAAAAAUUCUCCAAUUCACCCUUUCUUCACCUGAUGACAACACUAAACGCUUGGCUAGAGUUCACGAGCUCAUGCAUUAUUGUACCACCGAAUUUACGAGUUGGGCGGAAGUAGAAAGAGCCUUCAAAGUGUUUACUUUUGAAAGUCUGAGACUGACUGGGCUGAGUGACUCUGGUCUCCUGGAGAGCUGUGGGUCCAUGGCCGGAGGUGAAUCUGAAGUGUCUGAUAUCCCCUGGGAUAAUCCAGCUGGGUUUGCAAGACAACUCUUCCUUGUGGAAAAGAAGCUUAAUGGGAAAUCUUCAAAAUGCUCUGGACAAGUGGAAACAAAUAACAAAGAUGGGAGAGAUGGUUUGGCUGAUCCUAUGUUAAACAAAAACCGGGAUGUUUUUAUUCCUGAAAUGGCAAGUGUGAUGAAUUGAAUAAGAAAGUGCCAAAUUGUGAGUCCAGAAAAUUACUGUCCAGAACCAAGUUUAGCAGAAAUAAAAAAGACUCAGAAGCGUUGUUUGACGGACUGGAUUUUUGCUGAACAUUUUCAACCACAUGUUCUUCUUCAGGUUCUUCAUGCUGCAACCCAACAGUAUAGAUGUGUUGAUUCCUUCUAUCAUAAUCAAGAUAGCUCUUUGCUUAUGGUCCUUCACAAUCCUAUGAAUCAGUACCGUCUGUUCCAAGAGACCUGGGAUAUGGCAUUGCACUCUAAUGUUGGAUUCAGGAACUAUCUUGAGUUGGUGGCCAGCUCAGUUGAAGAUUGGGUGAAAGAAGAGGAGGCCAAAUACCAAGAGAAGAUGGCUAAGAAAAUGGAGGCUCUUACACUGGCAAAAGUCAUGGCAGAAGGAGCUCCUCAAUUUCCUGCAUCUGCUGUCAAAAAAAGCAGCUUCCCUAAGAAAACCAGGAACAGCACGUCAAAACUUGAGAACAUCACAGAGACCACUCUAAAAUCUGAAUCCAACAAUGAAAAGAGACUUUUUAUCAGAGAAGGUUCUCUUAAGGCUGGGGUGGAGAAUCAGGAUCAAUUACUACAAGAACGACUUAAGGAAGGGAACAAAGCAAAAAAAGAAAAAUCAGAAAGUAAAAAGAAACAUCAGGAGACAAUAGUACCUGCAGAAAGUAAAGGUCCUAAUAAGAAACAUUCCAAAGAGAAUAUGAAAGAUGAGCCAGCAAAAACCCUUGAUCAAGAUGAGGAUUCCAGCAUUCCAGAACCACGUCCUGAGAAAGUCUAUAAGUUUCUUGGCUACAAUACAGGCGAGGAUCUCAUUCAAGUAUCAGGAACCAAUCAAUAUCUUUUUCCAUCUGAUGGAGGACAGAUUCAAGUAGAAAAGAUAGAGUAUAUAAAAGGUCUAACUUUGAUAAAGGUGAAGGUGGUAAAGGACAACCAUAAUUUCUUCAUUCAUAUCACAGACCCCAAGAAAAACUUUUCUGAAAUUGAAGUGCAAGAUAUGAAUGAAAGACAGAAAAUUAAAACAGGCAAAUUGAAAAAUCAAAAGAGAACUGUGAGCAAGUUUGGAUCCUUUUCAGCCACCUUGGAAAAUGGAAUACAACUGUCCUUGAGCUAUUAUGGACCUACAGGGAAGACAGCAGAAGAUGAAACAGAUCCUGACUUAGCAACAAUUCUGAACAUUCCUUCUGUUCAUACUCCGACUGUUGUUUCUCCUUCUGCUACUUCAACUUCAGCAAAAAGUCAUAAGUCUGUCAAGCAGAAAGCAGGAAAAUCCCUGCCAUCUACAAAAGGGAGCCAUAGUAAAAUAAGCCCUCCACAACCGGAAGACCUUGUAAAGCACGAAGAAGGAAAGGUGCAAAUGGAAGAACGAGCUCCCCAAAUGCAAGCGAUGUCAAAUUCUCUUGCUUUCCGAAGUUUAAAUGUCUCCUGUCCCAAUGGCCUCGUAUUAAUUUUCCUUGGUGAAAGCUUUGAAGAUUUAAAAGAGGUGGUAAACGAAAGUGAGACCAAAGUCAAUGAAGUGAAGGAAGAGGAAUCUGAGGUUGGUGAGACUGAAGCAUAUGAAGUCAUGGAAGAGGAGAUUGAGAAAGAUAAGGCCAAUGCAAAUGAAACCAAGGAAGAGGAACUCAUGGACAGUGCAAUGAAGGAACAUGAUAUUACAGAAGGUGAAAUGCAGCAAGAAGACACUCAAAGAAAAGAGACCAAGAAGCCUACUCUGGAAAUUCUGGUUAGACAGAGUUAUCCCCAAAAGAUAAAACACUCUCAUCUAUAUACAACAGAGAUAAAGCAAGAGGUGUCAAGAGUCAUCACCAGUCAAGGAACUGUUGUAAAGUACAUGACAGAUGGAUCUACCCAGAUUCUGUUUGCUGAUGGCACAGUGUGUACGAGUCCUGAUUCUGGCCCAGUCACACCACGACCUGGAAUUCCAGAUAACACUCAAUCAUUAUCAGAAACAGAGCCUUUGCCUGAGACUAGCACUAAAAAAGGAAAGGGCAUCCAAAAAAACAGUCUAUCACACUCAAACAAGGAUGAGUUGUUUGAAAAUGCUCUUCAGUGUCUGAUCAAUACUGAGCAACCAAAGGAGAAUAAGUCAGGAACCUGGAUAACAACCACUCCUUCAGGCUUUCAAGUGGGCACGGAGGGAGCAAAGCGAGUGGAUCUAGAGCCACUCUUAAUCUAUCAGGCAACUGACCCAGCUGAUGGAACGAUUAUGACUGUACGAGACGAUGCAGUGAUAAUCGUUGAAAAGUUGGAUGGCAGCAGAAUUGUUGAUCAUGCGGAUGGUACUAGAAUCACCACUUUUUAUCAAGAUUGUGAAGAACUUUUUACACCUCAGGAUAAUAAAGACACAGAUGAAUGUCCACAAGCCAUCACAAGAAAGGUGAAAUGUAUGCGAGUGGAGAAUCCUGCGUUUGCAACUGUUAUAACAAAUUGCGAGGACAGUACCUGUUGUACCAUCUUUGGAGAUGGGACAUCUAUUAUAGCAAAGCCACAGGGAACAUAUCAGGUUUUACCCAUGAGGGUAGGCUCCCUUUUCAUUGAUGAAGAUUGUUCAGCAGUUUAUACCCAUGAAGUUUGUAAUAAUAAUAAAUUCAUCAGCAAGCAAGAGGGGAAGCAAUCAGGGAGAUAUGUUAUGAAACACACUUCUAGCAUCAUAUGUGAGGUGAUGGAUCCCGAAGGAAAUCUUUUCAAGGUCAUGGCAGAUGGCACCACGUCUGUAUUUGUUCCUAGCAUUGACCUUGGUGACAAGGGAGACAGAAGUUCAGCGUUAGUACUGCCAGAAAAUAAUGAAUCUAUCACUUGCGAUGAGCAUGUUCCCAGGUUCUUCAUUGUCUAUGCUGAUGGAUCUGGGACUGAGCUUCUUAGGAGCAAGGAUGUAGAGGAGCAUCUUGCUGAGGCCUAUAGUGAUCCAGCUACUGCUGUCUUGCAAGACUCUGUGCAAGAAUGUCCAGGUGUUUUAAAUAUUACUAUCCUCCGUCCUUUGGUUGAAGCCUCUCCCUGGAUAAUGAAUAAAAAACCAGAGAGUAUUGUUCCUCCAAAUCUCCAAUCAAGAAACUGGGAUAAGCUUUCUCCUUUUGAGAAGAAGACAGUUCCCACAGUCAAAGCACAUGUUUGGAAGGGUCUCUGCAUUGGAUCUGAAGAGCAGACCUGCUUGCCAGUACCUGUGCGAAAAUGUCCUAAUAAACUGCAAAUCCGUCAGCUGUUCCAGUAUGAGCCACUCAGUGAUGAACUAAGAGAAAAGCUGCAGCUUUCCCUCAAGGAAUACAUAGACAUCAUUCUGAAGCAGGAAAAUGAUCUGCAAGAGAUGAAUGUAAAAGAACCAAGAACAGAAGAGGAAAAGAAGAAUGCUGCAGAUCUCCUUGAACUGGUCACAUCCUUCCCUAACUUGGAGAAGUUAUCCAAAGAUCUCAGCACUGGAGUUCACAUAUGUGAGUUAUAUGAAAAGGCAGUGGCUUCUCAGUUCCAGUGCUCCGCAGGGAAGACAAUCUCUAAGCAACCAAAGGACCACUGGCAGACAUUCAGCACUGAACUAAAAACGAUGUCUAAGUGGAAGAGCAGACUAGAAGAACACAGGAAGGAACUUGAUGAAGGAAAGAAGUGUUUACUAGAACUAAGAAACAAAAUAAUUCCUCCAUAUUUUGAGUCAGAAUUUGGCCAUGAAUUUCUUCUGAAAAAGUUUCUUGAUAUGGAAUCACUAUCUAAGAAACUUCCUACAGUUCCAAAAAAAGAAAAUGGCAAUCUGCCUUCACAGAUCAUCAGAAACACUACAAUGGUAUCUGAUUAUCUCAAUAUCACAAGUGAUUCCUCACCUUCACCUGGUUUUCUGCUACAGAUUCACUCACAUGAAAGUGAAGGUCCCAGCACGCACUUGCCAACAGGUAAAGCUACCGUCCAGAAUGUAGCACCCUUUAGACCUACAAUUCAAAGUCUGCUGGUAAAUGCUACAAGGCAGUCAAGCAAAGAGAAAGUAAAAUUAUCACCAUCUCUCCAGGGGAGGAUGCCAGACUCCAUACCAAAUAAACAAGUAGAUAAUCCUGUUGGGGGACAUGUCAAGACAUGUUCCCUUGCAAGAACGAAACAGCAGCUGAGUUCAUUCCAUCUCAUUCCACCUAACGUGACAUUUGGUGUACUGAAGGAAGGCUGCACCUACACUGCCACUGUAAUCCUGAAGAAUGUUGGGGUGAACUUCUCCAGAUUUUGGGUGAAACCACCACCUCCACACACAGGACUGAGAGUGAUAUACAAACCAGGACCUGUGGCAGCAGGUUUGCAGGUUGAACUGGAGAUAGAGAUUUUUGCAAUGGCAAAUGGAAGAGAAGAUACCGAUGGCCUUGAAGAAGUUUCCCAUCAUAUUGAAAUAUUAACAGAAGCAGAGACUCUUCUACUUCCAGUGAGGGCAACUGUGUUAACUAAUGACAUUUAUGAGCACCGCCCACAAGGAUAUCCCCAGGGUGGGAUGUCAGCAACUGUCCGGCUAAUUUCUACAAGCCCCAAGGCCAAGUUCCAGAUUAACUAGAAAGAAUGAUGUGAGUAUCAUCAAAUAAUGAAAUACUGGAAUUUUACUUGAAUGUGUUUAUGAAGACAUCCCUAUAUGGUCUUUCUCAUUUAAUCAAAAUAACAUGAAUAAAUAUUUUGUCUGUCUCCUAUUAAUAAUAAAGAUGACCC